AUCCAGGGCCUCUCCAUGCUCGGCGACAGGAAGAUGAUCCUGUUUGUCAUCCUGCUGCUGGCUUACAUCGUCAUCCUGGGAGGAAACAGCAUGAUCAUAUGUGUGACGCUGUUGGACUCCAAGCUCUCCUCUCCCAUGUUUUACUUCCUGCACAACCUGUCCUUUGUGGACAUGCUUUUCACCACCACCACCAUCCCCAACAUGCUGUCCGGCUUCCUGACGGAAGGCCUGACCAUCUCCGUCCCGAGCUGCUUCCUGCAGAUGUUUUUCUUCAUCCAGCUGUCUGUCACGGGCCGCGGGAUCCUAACUGUUAUGGCGUACGACCGCUACUUGGCCGUCUGUGACCCUCUGCGCUACACGGCCAUCAUGACCAGGCCUGCCCAGAAGCUCCUUGUUGCAGGAGCCUGGGGGUUCGGUAUCUUCUGCACUCUGCCGUCCACCAUCAUGGCCCUGCAGCGGUCUUACUGCGGUUCAAACGUGGUCCGACACGGCUGGUGCGACGUGUCGUCCGUCCGACAGCUGGCAUGUGCCGACACCUCUGUGGACAACAUCGUGUCUCUCACCUUCGCCCUGGUGAGCCUGAUGACCAUCGGAGUCCUCAUUCUCACCUCUUACAUCCUGAUCUUUGUGUCUCUGUCCAAAAUGGCCGUGGCUCGGAGGCUGAAGGCUUUAGGAACGUGUGCCGCCCACCUGACCGUGGUGUCCAUCUCCUACACUGCUGCUUCCUUUGUCUACAUUUCCUACCGGGUCGGAAACUUUUCUCCAGAGGUGCGUAUCAUCGUGUCGGUGUUGUACUCUGCGCUGACUCCGUUCCUGAACCCCAUGAUCUACAGUCUGAGGAACAGGGAGCUGCGUGAAGCCAUCAGGAGAACUCUGAGGAGGAUCAGACCUUCAGCUGCGUCUGCUCCAAAAGACAUCAACCCCCAGAUCUGA